AUGAUGUACGACCUGGAGGACGGAAGUCCUUUCUGUAUACUAUAUUCUACUGGUUUCCCUGCAACCCGAUGUAGCUGUUAUACUGCUCUGAAAAAUCUUGCGGCCCACCGGGAACCCUGCACGAAAUAUCAGUACAAGGCUGCAAAUAAGAGCCAAAAUCCUCGGACAUCUUUGCUAACGUCCACGUUUUUUUGCAACGGCUUCCCCACCAUCGUUGUCGAAUGUAGAUUUGCUUCCCAACCACAUCGAGAAUGA